AUGGCCGAAAACAACAACUCUGCUUCACAGCAGAAUGAAAGCGAUCGCCUAGGAAACGGGAAGAAGCAAAUCUUCCUCAAUGCAUUCGACAUGUCGACUGUCGGACAUUUAUCCCCCGGGCAGUGGAAGAACCCGGUGGAUAAGUCUGCGACUAAACGAGAUUUGACAUAUUGGAUUGAACUGGCAAAGUUGCUCGAACGGGGUGGCAUCAACGCCUUGUUCCUAGCAGAUACUUACGGCGGUUACGACACGUACGAGGGGAGUUUGGAUAACUGCAUUAGAAGGGCGGCUCAGUGGCCCAUGACGGACCCUACCAUUCCCAUCAGUGCAAUGGCUGCAGUAACCAAGAAUCUGGCCUUCGGCAUUACUGCAUCAACCUCGUUUGAGCCCCCGUUCUUGUUAGCAAAGCGAUUUUCGUCCUUAGAUCACUUCACGAGAGGUCGAAUCGGUUGGAACAUUGUGACGUCUUGGAAAAAGGCUGCAUUCAAGGCCAUCGGCUUGGAUACUCCCAUUGAGCAUGAUGAACGGUAUCUCCAGGCCGACGAAUACCUCCGCGUAUUGUACAAGCUGUGGGAAGGAUCAUGGGCUGACGAUGCCAUCUCGCCGGAUCCCGAAAACGAUAGCUAUGCCGACCCCGACAAAAUCAGAACCAUCAACCACAAGGGCAAAUACUUCAACCUGAGCACGAGGCAUAUUGUCGAUCCGUCGCCUCAACGGACGCCUUUUCUGUUCCAGGCGGGAACGUCAGCAGCUGGAUCUACGUUUGCCGCUUCGCAUGCCGAAGCAAUUUUCAUCUCUGGUCACUCUCCAGCCGUUCUUCGUCCCAAGGUAGACAACAUCCGCAAGUUGGCAGCCUCGGUCGGACGUGACCCGCGGUCGAUCAAGUUCUUUGCCACGUAUACUCCCAUCAUCGGCCGGACCGACGAAGAAGCGCAGGCCAAGUACGAGGAGCUGAAAAAGUACGCCUCGACCGUCGGGGGCCUUGUCUUGUUCAGCGGCUGGACCGGGAUCGACAUUUCCAAGAUUCCUCUUGACCAGGAGAUCACGGCAGCAGACUCGCUUGAAGCACAUAAAGUGCGCAGCAUCCUGGACUCGUUCACGACUACGAGCAAGGAGAUUCCGAAGUGGACCCCACGCGUUGUCGCUGAGCGCGCGUCCAUUGGAGGUCUCGGGCCUGUGGGUGUUGGCAGCCCGCAGACUAUAGCCGACGAACUGGAAGAAUGGAUUCGGGAAUCUGAUAUUGAUGGGUUCAACCUUGGCUACGUCACAACGCCGGGGACGUUUGAGGAGGUGGUCGAUCUCUUGAUACCUGAGCUGCGGCGCCGUGGUCUUUACCCUGAGUCGCCCGAGGAGCCGCUCACGGCGCGCGAGAAGAUCUAUGGCAAGGGACAGAAAGGUCUUCGUGACGAUCAUACUGGUAGCCAGUACAAGUACGAUGUUUACAAGGAAGAGUGA